UGGGCAGGACAUAUAGGAGUGGUGUGCAGGUGUAAAGGUGUGAAGGCAGGGGUAAGAGGCUUAUCACAGCAACCCAACGUAAAGUCUGCACACAAAGAAAUACACUAGAUAUAAGCUGUAGCUUUCUUGUCCUUAUGGCUCGGGUCUUCCUCGCAGAAGUGGGUCUGAUUUUAUUAGUGCUGGCCUUGAUGGUUAGUGCUGAUGACAAAGAGGAGAGGCAAAAGACACUGAGGAGGCAGAGGAGAGAGUGGAUCCUUCCCCCUUCCAAGCUGAUGGAGAAUACUGACUACACGCAUUUGGAAUUUAUUGCAAAGAUUCGCUCAGAUAAAGACCAAAAUGCAAAGGUGGAGUAUUAUCUCUCUGGACCAGGAGCGGACAAACCACCCUUCAACCUUUUUGUGGUGGAUCAUAACACCGGGUUUGUACGGAUAACUGAUACUCUGGACCGGGAAAAAUACCCAUCCUACAAUCUAACAGGAAUUGCUAAAUAUACUGAUGGGACCACAGCAGAGGAUGACAUCCCACUGACAGUCACAGUACUGGACCAGAAUGACAACGCCCCUUACUUUGAGCUGCAAACUGGAAAUAUCUCAGAGGCAAGCAAAGAAGGAACAUUUGUUAUGCAGCUCAAGGGUAAAGAUGACGACCAAUCUGGAACAGCUAAUGCUGAGAUCUCCUACAGUAUCAUCAGUCAGGAGCCAGAAGGCACAGGUCACAUGUUCACCCUAGAAGAAAAGACAGGCAAACUGUUUGUCAAAGAGCCCACUCUGGACAGAGAGACAUAUGAUUUCUACAAACUGGUUAUAAAAGGAACUGAUAUGGGAGGGGCAGCAGAUGGGCUAACAGGAACAGGAACUGUGGAGAUCAAAGUCCUGGACAUCAAUGACAACAUUCCCACAUUGGAAAAAUCUGAGUACAAUGGUUCAGUUGAUGAAAAUGUUGCUGAUGUAGUUGUGAUGAGAAUCACAGCUCUGGACAAAGACCUUGAACACACAGACAACUGGCUGACUGUCUUUAAAAUUGCCAAAGGAAAUGAAGAUAAUCUUUUUUCCAUCGAGACAGACAAGGAAACCAAUGAGGGCAUCUUAAAGCUAGUCAAGCCUGUUGAUUUUGAAGAAAUACAGAACCUUGAGCUUGGCCUUCUUAUUGAGAAUGUGGCUCCGUUUGUCAUGGGUGGAGCUAUACAGAUGGACGUGGACGUUCAGGUUGGGGAGGGUGGUCCUCUGGCUACUGGACCUGGUGUAGGAGCCGGAGCUGGUGUGGAUGCAACAGUAGACCUGGGGGUAGACAUUGGGAUAGAUGCUAGUCUGAAUGUAGAUAUGGACCUUGAUGCUGACCUGGAAGGAGGGUUGGAUGCAGGCCUGGAUGCAGGUCUUAAUCCCAAUGCAGGGGUUGGUCUUGGACAUGGAAUCAAGCCUAGUGCUGGAGCUGGAAUGGAUACUGGAGUAAAGCCAGGAAUCCAAGCAGGACCAGGGACAAAGCUGAAGCCAGAUGCACCAAUGAAAAGUUAUCCUAUUAAGAUAGCAGUAAAUAAUGUUCCAGAAGGGCCGGCAUUUGUACCAAACACCAAAAAUGUUCCAGUAUCUGAGGACCCAAAUGAAGUCACUCAAGAUGGGAAGAUCACUGUGUUUGCUGCUAUUGAUCCAGAUACAGGAAAAACUGCUGAGGAUGUCAGUUAUGCCAAAGCAUAUGAUCCAGACAACUGGUUUACUAUUGAUGAAGAAACAGCUGAAAUUAAACUCAACAAGGUUCCAGACAGAGAGUCUCCCUUCUUAGUAAAUGGUACCUACAUUGCCAAGAUUCUGGCGAUAUCCAAAGACUUGCCAUCAAAAACAGCCACAGGAACUAUAGCCAUUCAAGUCACUGACUCCAAUGACCACUGUCCUACCCUGACCAAAACUCACAGCAGUCUAUGCUCUGAUGAAAAAACCAUCCAUGUUACUGGCUUUGAUGAAGAUGCCAGUCCCAAUGCUGCUCCAUUCACAUUCAGAGUCUUACCUGAUGGGACACAAGGCAGCUGGGUUGCAGAGUCCAUAAAUGAAACAAGUGCUGCUUUUCAUUCUCGUGAAACACUGUGGCCCGGCUCAUAUGAACUGCAGAUAGAGGUGUUGGAUGCUCAGGGUCUAUCGUGCCCAGUCAACGAGGUUUUGAUUAUAGACGUUUGUACCUGUGUGGGAACAGAGGACUGCAGAUUAAGGGCAGCCAGAGUAGGAACUACAUCAUCUGAACUCUCUGCACCAGCUAUUGGCCUACUGUCAAUGACAUUGUGCUUACUGUUGUUUGUCCCACUUCUUCUGCUGUUCUGUCAAUAUGGAGGAGCAGACACCAUCUUUCCUGACAAAUUUAAUGAUCUGCCAUUUGACACCAAAGAACAUCUCAUAUCCUAUCACACUGAAUGCAGAGGCGAGGAUAAGGAGCUACCACUCCAAAGUGUCCCUAUUAUGCCGACUAUGCAAAGAAAAGUUGAGAAUGCACCAGCACCAAACUUCAACACCAUCGUUUCAGCACCUGCAGAAACUCAUCAGUCAUUCUACAAUGAAUCAGUGCAAAGAUUUCAGGAGACCUGCCAAACCUCAGAGGUUAAAAAGUACUGCAGCUUUUCAAGGUUGUCCUACCACCACGGCAAAGACAAUGCUACAUUCAGUGGGAAGCCACUUGUCAUCCACCACAUGGCAUCUCUGUAUGAGGACGUAGCCUUCCCCGAUGUUUUUCUCAAUGAUUAUUACUCACAGAAAUCAGUUUGUGCUGUACCAGUGAAGGAUGGCCUGUUGGAACAUGACUUCGAGGGUCAGGGCUCUUCUGCCGGCUCAGUGGGCUGCUGCAGCCUUCUGGACUCUGACGAUGACCUGUACUAUCUUAAUGAUCUUGGCCCUAAGUUUAAGACUCUGGCUGAGAUUUGUUCCCAGUCCACACAAAGACCCAAAACCUCCCUGACACACAAAGCAGGAAGUGUUAUCGAAACCACAGUUGAUAUUGUUGAGCCAUUUAUUAAGCCCAGUGAGGCAAAGCAUGUUGGUGUGAAGACUGAGGAAGUAUUGACAUCUAUCAACACCUUCAAAUCAUCUGUCAGCACAGAAAGCACUACCAUACCAUCCAUAACACUUCCUUGCUCCAAGGUUGCUAAUAUCAGUCUGUCCUCCAACACGAGUUAUGCUGCUCAAGUGCCCUAUCCAGCUCAGAAAACUGUACUCAGGCAGCAGCCACUUUACUACACAAGCAGCGCUGUCGUGCCAUCAAUGCACUAUAUAGUUCAGCCACAAUACAACACACUUAUGCUGACAGAUGGAUCCCAUGGAAGCAAUUUUCCAGGCCUGUAUGUAGUCGGUUCUCAGAGUCCUUCUGGACUUGUAAUCAGUGGACCUCAAAGCUUUCCUUCUGGGUUACUUCUCCAGGACACUGAGAGCCCCAAACACCCCAAAUACCCUGCUAGCCCUACCAGUUCGGUUUACCCCACAGUUUUGCUAUGUGAUAGCUCAGUUGUGUCUCACAGCUCAGCCUCUGUGGAGGGCUGGGAAAUAAUGAGACCAAAUACUGAUGGUAAUUAUAUGUUACUUAAGAAUAAGAGCAUUCCAGAGGAGGCAAAAGGGUUAGACACAGGCUCAUCUCAGGGCAUUUUGCCAGGAGGUGUCGUCCUGGUAAAAGGGGCUGCUCCCCCUCAGGGGGUUUAUGACUUGGCAGCCCAAGGGAGUGUGGAUUGCAGUCUGCCAAGUCAUGUCAUUACAAAAAGGGGGGAAGUGGCUGUACUACAUAGACAGUUGGGACAAAGAUGGGUUGGGCAGUCAGGACAAAUGGGAUUAGAGCCAGUGACUGAUUUAAUAGUUGGAAUUGGGAAGCCAAGAAGGGGGAUAGGAUGUGUUAUGGCAGAGAAGCCAAAAGGCAGACAGCCUGGAACUGGGACAGCUGGAAUUGAGCAGUUGAGCAUGAACCAGUUCCACAGAAGUCAUCAAUUAGAGGAAAGAACUGAAGCAAAUUCGCCAAAUGAAGACAGGGCUUUUAAGAAGCUGGAUUAUAAUGGUUCAGUUGUGAAAUUGCAAGAUAAUACUAUUAAAGAAAAGCAUUCAGAAAAUCUGGUCACCUACAAAGAUGAUGUGAUAGAAGUGGCAUUUGAUGAUAGUGACAAUGCCCAAGAAUAUUCAAUACAAACAGAAAAGUUUACCAUUAUAAAUCUUGAGGGAGAGGUGGUAAUAUCAUUGCAGAGGCCUGAUAUACUACUCCAGAUUUCAGGGAACCAGUGUGACACAGUGGUACAGAAACCAAGAGAUAUAAAAGACAAAAUUGUGCCCAGUUGGUUAGCUAAAACGUCCAACAAAACAAUGCACAGAAUUUAUAUAUCUGACAAUAAAACACAUUAACGCACAAGAGAAUGCUGAAGAAUUUGAAACUCCUCAAUCAAAAAGGAGCUGUAGUCACUCAAAUAUUAUAGCAGGGAAGUUUCACUCAGAUUUGGAGAAUAUGGUGUAGAUGUCUACUCUUACCAGUGAGCUGAGGAAGCAAUGGACAUUUGCUCUAUUCUGGGUGAUACCAAUGCUAUACCUUGAGUGCUUAAAUGUUUUGCCAUAUUAUGUCAAUCUAUCAGAUCAUGUGAAUGAGCUAACAGAUGUCCAUAUUGGGGAGGACCAUUCCUAGUAUUACUAGAGUACUACUACAACUAGAGGGUUCAAAUGCUCUAUACCAGUGUUGCCCAAUACGUCGAUUGCAAUUGACUGAUAGAUUGCGAAGGCAGUGUGGAUAGAUCGCGUGCCAAUGAAAAAAUGUUUUUGGUAUUAUUGAUAUUGAUAUAAUUAUCAUUGAUCUUUUCCUAUAUUCAUCAGUACAAUACAAUUAAUACAACGUAGUAAUAUUUUUGUAUGUAUAUAAAGACGUCAUCCCCAUAUGUCCCACCCAGAGAUUAAAAAUAAAUAAAUAGACAAAUAAAUAAAUUGGGAUAACUUGAUUCCACUGUAGACCCUUUUACAAGCUACGUCAUCACAGAGAUACGUACACGUGGCAACCGAAGUAAGUGCUCUGGCCUGGAUGCGACAACAGCAUUCAGUUCAUUUCCAACAGAUGAAAAAGCAGGGCUAAAGUUAUUGCUAAACAACAACCAAAACAAUAACAACAACAAGAAGAAGAAAACGUCAGGUUAUUGUGUAGUAAGUCUGUGAUUAUACAAAAAAUAACCUAUAUAAUAUAUAUAAUAUAUAUAAUUCCUCUCUUGGGAGUUAUUUUUUCAGUAAAAAUAACUCCCAACACUAUACAUUAUACAGCUUAGAACACAGCUUACAAUGAGUGAUUAUUUAAUAAUGUGACACAAAAUAAAUUUUUAAUUAUGUCUAGAAAUAAUCACCAUUGAAUAUUGGUGAUUGACCAACGAUUGAUCAGAAUUGAUUAUUCAAUAGAGCUGUGUUCUAAUAUUUUAUAAAUGUGACGUAUAUGGAAUGAAACUUGAAAUGUCUUGUUGCACAGGAGGACAAUAUACAGACAGCAGUCAAUGACAAUAACUAGUAUAAACUAUAACAAACUGUUACAGAUUUAUUUUUCCCCACAGUGUAAAUAGACGUAGGGCUAUAGUACAAUACAUACAUACACGCACAGAGUUAGUUUUUCUUGGGACCUGUUGCUGUGGUAGCAGGGACAGAAUGCAAAGUUUCAUACAGCAUUGUAAUGUCUGAUUGGAUGUUAAAGGAUGACACAAAGUGAUCAGAAAUAUUCCCUUUUAUUUGUCGGAACAGAACUGGUUGCUGUCGGCCACAACCACGGCAAAAAAAAAAACAAAAAACAUUUCACUACCUUCAUGUCUCCCUCUUCUCUCUCACCCACUUGCACACACUGGUCUCAAUCCCCUCACACUCACCCCUGCCCCCACGCUUUUUCAUCCAACCACAUACCUGCUCGUACUAUACACAUUCACGGACAGUCUGAAAUGUGUACAUUUGUAAUUUGUACAUUUUGUUUUACAGUGUUUCUCAAGUGUAUCCUCUGAGUCAAGUACAGAGUUUUUCUUGGGAUCUGUUGUCCGAGCUGUGGUAGCGGGGCAGAAUACAAGGUUUCAUUCAAUAUAUUCAAAGUUUCAUUCAAUAUAUUCAGGGUUCAUUCAAUAUAUAUAUAUAUGUAUAUAUGUGUAUAUAUAUGGCAACAGAGGUCACUCUAGGGAUGAGUAUUGGGUGUUGAAGACAGUGACAAAAUUUUUUGUUUAAGAUAUUCAAAGGUGACCAUGUGAGCAUUGUCAUACAGAUCCUUUAAAUGUAAUAUGCCUGCCUUACUGGUGCUUUUGUUGGCCCACUGGUGCCAACAAAAAGACUUUUUGGCUAUUCUUAACUUUGAAUUGAGCCAUAUUGACGCAUCAUCAUCAUUACUCUUGAUGUGGCUAUGUGACAUUUUGCAGCUUUCCAUAGAAAAUUCUAAUAUUGGGUUAUCUAUUGACAUAUAACAGCCUAUUUGUGUCAAUUGUCUUUUUUUCAUUUCUAUCCAGGCUGAGUCCCUAUGAGAGGACAGGUUAUAUUUUGACAGCUGUAUAAGUGAAAGUAAGUAGUGAUACCAAUCAACCCAGGAAGAACAAUUCAAUGCUACCGCCCUUCUACUGCUUACUUACUGCUUUCUUAGGGACACGCAAAAGUAGGGGCUAUUUGCUAACAUGUUUUUUACAUCUUUUAUUUGUUUUCAUAGUUUUUGAACAUAUUAUAAUAUGUAUUUCUGACUCUUUUGCAGCUACUGCCCGGUAUUACUUGGUGUAGUUAAAGACCUGUCAAAUCAGAGCAAGUAGCUGUAUAUAGACUUUGUAUAAAAUUGAGAUACGAUGGAAAUUAAAAGAGGACUACUGUCAUCUCUUUUAGAAAUCUGUCAAAUGUUCUGUAUACUGUCUUAUGUACACUUGAUGUGCUGUGUGGGUUUUAUAAAUGGCUGCAACAAAUGAUUCUUUUUCAAUGAAUUAAUAUCUGUUAAUAUCUAGCUAUUGAUUUUUUUAAUUAUUGUAGACUAGAUAAGUUUGACUAGUUUCUGAGCAGGUGAUACAUUUUUGGUUAACUAUGAAAAUAUAACUUUUCCCAUUAUGUUUCCAAUUAUGUUUUUCAAACAUGAUUUGAAUAUAAUAUCUAUGAAUGUAAAACCAAUUUCACACUUGAAGUUUUACUAAAUGAUACAUCGAUCGAUUGACUGAUUUGUCAAAUUUUCUCCCUUGUGACGUUUGGGUAAGGGCUAGUUUUACAUGUCAGUACUGAACUAAUUAACUAUGCUUUCUUUAGCUUUCUUUUUAAGGGUGAUAUGAUGAGGAAGUGGUUGCUGUAUAACUUUGAAGUUAAAAUAAAAUCAUCUCGUUAUAUAUCAUCUGUCA